ACAAGAUUCAGUAUAUAAAUGUAUGAUGAUAUCGCAAAUGUACAUCUCAUACCAUGCGUCUUCUUCUUCAAUUACUAGCAUUAGCUGUAUGCCAAAUACUCUUUGUUACUGCUCAACAAGUAGCAAAGAGAGCAACCAAGUUUACUUCAGUCUUUGCGUUUGGUGAUUCUUAUACUGAUAAUAAAUCCUUCAGUAACUUUUAUGCUUCCAACUCAACCCACAUUACGAAAGAAAUGUUUGUGCCUAUCAUAAAUAUGGAUUUUUGCUAACUUUUUCUUAGGACUCAAUCAGCAGGAGCUAACAAUGU